AUGUUCUCCAACACUCCCACUCACAAGUUCCUCGUUUUGGCCCCUAUCCAAUCCGGCCCUCUCUCUGUCGCCGCUGCCGACCAGCCUGAAAUUGCAAGCCGGGCUUCUUCGACCCGUGAGCGCUCCAGCAGUCAAUCCUCGACCGCUUCAACCGAUUCCCCGCUGGGAGCCGUCUCGCCUCUGCCCAGCGGCUUCUUGUACCUGGGUCACGAUGCCAGCAACGCCAGAAACUAG